AUGUAUAUCAAAUUGGUAUCUUCUGAUGGUCAUGAAUUUAUUGUAAAAAGAGAACAUGCACUAACGUUGGGAACAAGAAAAGCCAUGUUGAGUGGCCCAGGUCAGCUUGCAGAGAACAAAACUAAUGAGGUAAAAAAUAGAGAGAUCCCUUCAUGUGUGCUAUCAAAAGCAUGCACGUAUUUUACCUACAAGUUUUGCUACACUAACAGCUCCACAGUGAUUCCUGAAUUCCCAAUUGCACCUGAAACUGCACUGGAGCUGCUGAUGACUACGACCUUUCUAGAUCGUUAA